AUGGCGCCCAAAGAGCCUUACAAGGUGCACUCGCUCAACAAGCACGUCGAAGACACCAAGAAGGGCCUCAGCGGCGCUGCCCAGUACAACCGCCGGCCCAUCGCCAAGGCGGCUGCAGCGGCCGUGAAGAACGAGCCCGGCGCCCUCGAUGCCGCCGUCUUCGGAAACAACAACGACAGCGACGAGUCCAGCGACAGCAGCGAGAGCGACAGUGACAGCGAUGGCGACACUGGCGCUGACCUUCUGAAGAAGCUCGGUGCCAAUGGCGCAACCCCUAAGACCGGCCCCAAGCAGCGCGGCAAGGUCGACGAGAUCGCCGACAGCGACAUUGAGCGCACCGCUUCUGCCAAGCGUGCUGCUGCCGCUAAGCAAGGACAGCUCGCGAAGAAGGAGUCGUCCACUUCUGAAACCUCGAGCGAUUCGUCCAGCGAGUCCGAGUCGGAACAAAGUGAACCCAAGGCGAAGAAGGCAAAGGGAACUGUCGCAACUCCUCAGGCUGCUGCUGCCGAGGAAUCGUCCAGCAGUAGCUCCGAGGACGAAAGCGAGGAAGAGUCCGACGACGAAGAAGCAGAACCCGAAGCAGAACCCAAACCCGCUGCAAAGCAGUCGGCCACAGCUGCCACACCCGCCGCUACAAAUGGCACUGCCAAGGCAGCUGCCGCAACUGCCGAUUCCAGCAGCUCUAGCGAGGAGUCCAGCGAGGACGAGGCUGAACCUGCAAAGCCUCAGCCUACCAAGGCUCAGUCCACUAAAGCCCAGUCUACCAAGGCCCAAUCCACCAAGGCUCAAGCUACCAAAGCUCAGACUGCUAAGGCAACACCCGCCAAGGCUCAGCCGGCAAAAGAGGCCGCUGAAGAGUCAUCGUCCGACUCGGAAGAUAGCGCCGCCCAAGUCGACGAAUCGAUGGGCCUCUCAGACCGCGAGACGGAGACGCAACUCGCAACCCCGAACUUCAUUGCCCCCGACUUUGUGCUUCGCAAGGGUGAUGAUGGAGCGAACGGCCAGGACGUAGCCCGCAUCUGCAACGAGGCAAACCUGCAGGGCAAGCAAUUCUGGUACUUCACGGUGCCUUCCAACGUCCCCGUCUCUGUUAUCGAGAACAUUGAGAUCCCCAUGGACCGUUCACAGCUCGGCAAUCGCGUCUUUUCACAUGACGGCCAAGACUAUGGCGUCUCCUUUGACACCAUUUCGACCAAGAGCUCGAUUCAGAUCCUGAUUCCUUCCAGCAGCGACUCCAAUUACCAGCCUGCACGCCAGCAAGUUGCUCAGACGAUGCACAUCAAGAGGAUUGCCAACCUCGGAGGUGCGGCCGCUACUACUGUCGGUCCCGCGCCUCGUCGUGCCGCUCGACCGCAGCCAAAGGGCCUCAAGGCCAGAUAUCAGCCAUUCGGCGUCAACACUCCGAUGGGCAACAUUGGAGCAGACGCGUCUGGCGACGAAGAUGUUGAGAUGGAAGAAGCGCCCGCAGCAGUAGCCACCCCCAAGCCUGCCAAGAAGGACAAGAAGAGCAAGAAGGAUGAUGCCAAACCGUCUGAAAGCAAAGACAAGAAGAAGGAUGCUGAUGUCGCUGCCACACCCAAGGCUGCGGAUGUGAAAACUCCCAAGACUGAUCGCAAGGGCAAGAGAAAGCACACCACUUCCGAAGACGAUGCUUUGGCAGCAGAGGCGCAACUCAAGGAAGACAUUUCUUCUUCGGCAAAGGGCAAGAGCAAGAAGCAGAAGACGGCCAGGGCUAGCAGUCCUGAACUUGGAGCAGAGCUUCCCCCCCUGCCCAAGAAACAGACUCCCAUCGCACCACCGACUAUCCCGUCGUCAUCAGCCUAUUCCUUCUCCAACAUCCCGUCGUCGGCUACGGCUGUUGCUACCCCUUCCAAGGCUCCGGCCGCCACUCCUAGCACCGUGAAGAAGUCUGCUAAGAAGACGAAGCCUGAGACUCCGGUGCCCGCACCUCGACAGACUGCGGUCCCGUUGCCCAGCAUUCCACUGAGUGCCCGGCCAAAGGAAUCGCCUGUCCCUCUCCCUCCUGUUGCCGCUUUGGCCGCUACCCCUGUGCAGUCGAAGAGCAAGAAGAUCAAGGCGAGCAAAGACGAGGUCAAUGCCACUAGCUCCUCGCAGCAGAGUCCUCCGCCGAGUGCUCAGGGAGGAGAUAAGAAGAAGGCUGCCGUCAAAGUCAAGGGAUCAGGAUAG